GAUAUAUUUCUUGUUAUAACAAUUAAGGAACGUGGCGGUUGUUGAAAGUGUUUCCUAUGACAUUUUCCUACGACAUUUUCAGGUGAUAGUACGAGAAAAAAGAGCUUUCAAAUGCAUACAAACUCGAUCUAUUGCCGAUCAUCCAAUAACCCUGACGGAAUGGCAAAUAAAAUAAAAUUCCGCCGCCUUCCGAGGACUUAUAUCGCAAUCACGUUUCGUAACAGCCAAGCGAGGUUUUACCUUAGCGUUUAAGUCACCACCGACAUUUGGCCGCGCAACUUUUCUAAGCUCAUUCAUUUUGACUUAAGGAGGGGGCGAGCGCGGACGCAGGCCCCCACUACCAGAAAUUGUACGGUCGAGUUACUGACGUUUGCAGUAAUCGCAGAGGUCAGCCCAAGCGUAGUGCAAUGCAAGAGCCUCACUCUGGAAGAAAACCCUCAUUGAUCAGUCUUUACUUCCCCGUCAGGUAAGUAUGAGUUGGAACUGCACCGUAGCAUGAGGGUACCCUUCAAAGUUUGUUAAUGCUUGUGGCUUGAGUGUGUUAUAAACUGCCGUGUCGCGGGGCAUAGGCUGUAUUCUCCCCCAGUGUACGCGUUUUGUUCCCGCCGUAGACUAUGCAGAGUGCCGUCGGAAAGAGGACUGCUAUUAUUCUUUUAUUGCUUAUGUGGGCCGCCAUCGGUAAUAGUGCAACACCAAGGCAACCCGUGGUCACGGCGUGAAUGAAUCCACCUCCAUGACCCAAGGCCAAAAAUCAGAUUAAUAUACUGACCAUUCAGAGAAUGGCCUACCAGAUAUUAAACUGAUAAGAACAGAUACUACACUUGAUCUUAGCCAUUAGGCCGAGAAGCGAUAAAGAACAAGCGUUGCCAUGAUAGGCAUCGUCCACACACCGUAACUGCUUGUGGAGCAUGUCACGUUACUGUAAAGCUUACAACUGUCACCGCGUACGGAUGGACGGCGACAUAGUAAAAAUCACGGCUGUUGAUUUAGCCGUAGGAUGGAGAGCGACUGUAGCGAGUGGAUGGUAACUUACAUGAAUGCUAACAAAGGCGACGAUACUAAGUGCGUGAUAUUACUUUCCAAUAUGUCUGCGUACAUUCCGUUUAUCAACGCAUUACGCCAGAACGUGCGCGCGCGUUACACAGUAGACCAUGCAGCCGAAAUGCGACAGUGCGACCCUGCCAGGAGUCGAACCUGGAAUCCCCUGAUUCGUAGUCAGAUGCCUUAUCCAUUGGGCCACAGGGCCAUGCUUAUGACUUCGCCCCAUCGUCAUUUUGGCUUGCGCAUUCGUUUUACUUACGACAGAAUUCUUCGUGUUUGUAGCCAUGAAAGAAAGGGACUUCUGUGAGUGAAUUUUUUUACUGUGGUCUAAUAAAAAAGUCGAAACGCAGUGCCCAAUAUAUGAAUUGCUCCUAAUAGCCGGAAACAGGCCGUGUCGAUGAUGUAGGCCGACAUACGCAACGCAAACCAAAGAACGCUUUAUGAAAAUCCUAACACGAGCGCGGAAGAAGCCCAAAUUAACAGACUAGAUGUAAUGCUGAAGACCUCAAACUCCAGCAGCUUCUCUUGCAGACUAUUGCGUCGUACUACAAAUAAAAAUUAACAUGCUUUCGCAUAGUCGCGGCACCCAAAACGGACAUUAUACGAUGUACAGAAACACACAUUUCUGUUUUCGCGCCAAAUCAAUUCCCGGGAGUGGUACUUUUACGUCCGCAUACUUCGCACCGUCUUAAAUUAUAUCUCAUUUACACGGUAAUGUUUAGUAUACUUCUACUGUGAUAACAAGCAUCGUUUAUCGUUGGAUUGUUGUAAGAAAACAUUAAAAAUGAGUGAAGCAGCUUCUCCAAAGAAAAUCGCACCCAAGAAGAAACCUGCUGCAAAGAAGACAGCUGAUCACCCUAAAUAUGUGGACAUGAUCAAGGCUGCUAUCGCUACCCUAAAGGAACGCGGUGGUUCAUCUCGCCAAGCUAUUACAAAAUAUAUUCAUGCAAAUUACAAAGUUGCUGAAAACUCAGAUCAUCAUCUGAAAAUGGCUCUUAAACGAGGAGUAACAUCAGGCGAUUUGAUUCAAACUAAAGGCACUGGUGCUUCUGGAUCAUUCAAGCUAGGUCAGGUAAAAAAAGAAAAACCUAAGAAAAAGGCCGCAGCAAAAAAGCCAACGGCAAAGAAGCCUACUGCAAAGAAAAGUACACCAAUAAAGAAGCCAGCAAAGAAGAGCACGCCAAAGAAAGCAGCAAAGAAGCCUGCCACAAAGAAAGCCUCGGCUAAGAAACCAGCAGCUAAGAAACCCACAAAGAAGCCUGUUGCUAAAAAACCUGCAGCAAAGAAGGUCAAAAAGACUCCCAAAAAGGCAGCAAAGAAGACCGCAAAAAAAUAAUUUGUGUGUAUCUGGCUAUUACAUUAACAAACGGCUAUUUUUAUAGCCACACAUUUACAAAAAAACAUUAUCUUGGUACAAAGUUAAACUUGUUUAAGUCACUUAAACAGUUAAAAAAG